UUACAGAGAUACCUUCAGCAAAGAGGGCCCUCCAAUCUGAUGUUUAAUGUUAAAAUGGAAAAUAACUGCCAAGAAGAAUGAUAUAGGGAAAGAUAAAGUCAAAAGUUACAGAGAUACCUUCAGCAAAGUGGGCUGUGGAAAGAGAACUCUUACUUGGAGAGUUUGUGGGAGAGGAAUGAUAACAUGGGAGAAUCAAAGUAUAGCCCAGUCCCAGUGGAGUUAGUCACCAUGACAGCUGGCUCUAGCAGAGCUCAUCUCUACCAGUCUGCAUUUAUUUUGAACCUGAUCUACCUGAUGUGUGGGACAAUGUUUGCCUGGUCCUCUCCAAUUCUGGUAAAGUUGUCGCACCUGGAUGACGCUGAGGGAAGCGUGGUGACAUCCAUGCUAGCUCUAGGCAGUGUGCUGGGUCCAGUGGUGUGUGGUGCAGUGGCAGACCUGCUGGGACACAAGGGCUCUGUAGUGCUCUGCAUGACGCUCAUGACACUCUCCUGGCUGCUGCUGACGCUCUUCCCAGGUCUGGUGAUGCUGAGUGUCGGCCGCUUCAUUGCGGGUGUCUCUGUAGGGAUAGCAUUCACUGCUCUUCCGACUUAUAUAGCAGAGAUAUCUGAGGACUCAGUGAGAGGCCUGUUGAACACUCUCAGUCAGACGUUCUGCUGCUCUGGUAGUCUCAUGAUGUACACGGUCGGUCCGUUUGUCAGUUAUGCAACCCUCCACUACAUCGUGCUGGGACUGUGUGGUCUAUUUUUCAUACUGUUUCCCUUGCUUCCCAACUCACCGUAUUUUCUUAUUAUGAAGAAGAAUGACAUAAAACAGGCUAGAAACACUCUUACCUGGCUGCGAGGAUACAAGUCUGAUUCUUUGUGUGAAUCAGAGCUCCAAUUAAUUCAGGUUACCAUUAGCCAGAGUUUGAAGGAGAAGGGUACAAUAAGCAUGUUGUUCUCCACAAGUGGGAACCGGCGAGCUCUUGCCAUUUGCUGCAUUCUCCUAUGGCUACAGCAAAUCUCAGGGAUAUCUAUCAUUGUUUGCUAUGCAGAGAAGAUCUUCCAGAUGACAGGGUCAACAAUCUCCUCCAGCACAUGCUCCAUAGUGAUUGGUCUCAUCAUGACGGUAUCCGGCUUCAUCUGCCCUGUUGUAGUCAAGUACUUUGGUUAUAAAAAACCCCUUCUAAUCUCAUCAUCUGGAAUGGCUUUUGGAAUGGGAGGUCUUGGUGCGUUUUUCUUGCUUAAAACAAACCACUUUGAAAUCGACAACAUAACUUGGCUUCCUCUACUUAGUGUUGUUUUAUACAUCUUCUUCUUCAAUAUUGGGUUGGCAAACAUUCCCUGGGCCUUGUCAGGAGAACUAUUCCCUAGCAAUAUCAAGUCAUACGCUACGACUAUCAUCGCCUCUAGCAGCGGUGUUGUGGCCUUCCUGACAACCAACUUGUUCCCAGACAUGGUCAACCUUCUCGGGCUGGACUUCUUGUUCAUGUCUUGCUCCUUCGCAUGUAUCUUCACUGUGGUUUUUGUAUCACUUGUUGUCCAGGACACAAGUGGACUUUCCUUCCAAGAAAUACAACUCAUUUUAAAUGGAGCUAAGAGAAAAAACUUAGAAGUCAAACCAUCCAGUAUGAGGAAUUGUGAAAUAGUAAUUAACUCAACGAUCGCGUAAAGAUCGUACAUGAGUUGCUUACUCUUCUUUACCUAUGAUCGUUUGUAAAACUUCAGUUACCAACUGUAACUGUUGGUUAGCAAAUUGUUUAUUCUUUUUAGGUUAUGUGUGAGUUUCCAUUCCAGCGGAAGUCGGCAGAUCAACAAUUUAAUUGGUCGCUACCAACUGAUAAGUUGGCGUUUGAAGCAUUACAAUUUUAUUUCUUUUCUCUCAAUCCUUGAACCCCAUUGGCUGGUUACUUUACCACACUAGUGAUGCUAAGUAAUCAAUGCGGUAAAGUGUUUUCAAUUCUAAAAAUUGAAUUGUAAAGGCUAGUUAAAAAACGGUCGUAGGUAAAUUUAUUUUUUGGACUUUUAAGUCA